AUGGGAGGACUUGCAGUUCUGCAACCACAAGAUUGCUUAAGAGAUCGAUUUUCUAGAGAAACCCUAAGUUAUCCCCAUAUGAAGAUUCGACGAAACCCUAACCCUACCAAAUCGAACAGCCGUCGGAAGCGAAGUCCGCCCAGACUUGACAACAAGCAAGCCAACAAAACCACCACCGCCAACAACAAAAGCAGACACACGGUGGUUAAGGAUAGUCCCGCGAAAGGUCUAGUGAUGGGACAGGUUAAGUUAUUGAAACGCGGCGAAGAUUUGAGCAAAACGACGGUUGCAAAGGAUGAGACGGUCGAUUUGGCGCUGUCUUCGGCGGAUCGGUUUGGUCCGGAGCCGGAGACGGUGUUGAAACAAGUGAGAAGGACUGAUUUCUACGCCGGUUCGGCAUCUAUCGUGUCUCCUCCGCCGAGCUCUUUGCCGUUGCCUGGAUUCGUCACCAAAACAAGUGUUUUGGAUGCGGCAACUGAUCUCCGGCGAAUUCUCCGACUUGAUUUGCAGUGA